CCGCUCACAACAUCCUCAGGUCGAGCCCUUCACACCGGACAUGCGGGGGCUGCUUUUAUUUUCUGUAACUCUAAAACUCACAACCCACAACACGAGGAUUUGUUGUCGGUGUGGAAUAACGGUUACAGUCACAGAUAUCUGGCACAGAGGCUGACAGGCGACAGAUAACACCCUGCUUUGCCCGGCGCCGGGAGCCACCAACCGGCCGCUGGGAACUGGAGGGGUGGGAAGGCUAGCUAACUGGCAUUAGCCGGGGAGAGCCUCUCGGACCAGCAUCCUCAGACACAUCGCUGCGUUGACGCAAACUCUAAAGAGUAGUGACAGUGGAGAUGGACUGAACGAUGAAGGGCGGAAGAUUCCCAUCUUCAAAAUAAGAGGACUUCUCUCUUAGGUUGUGCUCUGCAGCUUGACUGUGUGACUGAGCUGGGAGACAGAGAAGAAGAUGCCUCCCAGGCCGUCCUCAGGGGAGCUAUGGGGUAUCCACCUGAUGCCUCCCAGGAUUCUGGUGGACUGUCUGCUGCCAAAUGGGAUGAUCCUGACACUGGAGUGUCUCCGUGAGGCUACGCUCAUCACCAUCAAACAUGAGCUGUUCAAAGAGGCCCGGAAAUAUCCCCUCCAUCACCUCCUACAGGAGGAGACAUCCUACAUCUUUGUCAGUGUUACACAGGAAGCAGAGCGGGAGGAGUUCUACGAUGAGACGCGGAGGCUGUGUGAUCUCCGACUCUUCCAGCCCUUCCUCAAGGUCAUUGAGCCAGUUGGCAACAGAGAGGAAAAGAUCCUCAACAGAGAGAUUGGUUUUGCCAUUGGUAUGCCUGUGUGCGAGUUUGACCUUGUGAAGGACCCUGAGGUUCAGGACUUCAGGAGAAACAUCCUGAAUGUUUGUAAAGACUCUGUGGAGCUGAGAGAUGCCAGCGGGCCCCACAGUAGAGCGCUGUAUGUUUACCCACCCAAUGUAGAAUCCACACAGGAACUUCCCAAGCACAUCUAUAGCAAACUGGACAAAGGUCAGAUUAUUGUUGUGAUUUGGGUGAUUGUUUCUCCGAACAAUGACAAACAAAAGUACACACUGAAGAUCAACCACGACUGUGUACCAGAGCAGGUGAUUGCAGAGGCCAUUCGUAAGAAGACACGUAGCAUGUUGCUGUCCCCGGAGCAGCUAAAGAUGUGUGUUCAGGAAUACCAGGGUAAAUACAUCCUCAAAGUUUGUGGCUGUGAUGAGUACCUACUGGAAAAGUACCCCAUCAGUCAGUAUAAGUAUAUCCGUAGUUGCAUCAUGCUGGGCAGGAUGCCUAACCUGAUGCUAAUGGCUAAGGACAGCCUGUACACCCAGUUGCCUACAGAUAACUUUGUCAUGCCGUCAUACUCUCGACGUAUCUCCACGGCAACGUCCUAUAUGAAUGGCGAGGCAGCAGCCAAAUCGCUGUGGACCAUCAACGGAACUCUGCGAAUACGAAUCCUCUGUGCCACCUAUGUUAACGUCAAUAUACGGGACAUAGACAAGAUAUAUGUGAGGACAGGCAUUUACCAUGGAGGUGAACAGAUGUGUGACAAUGUCAACACACAGAGGGUACCCUGCUCUAACCCCAGGUGGAAUGAGUGGCUCACCUAUGAUAUGUACAUCCCAGACAUCCCCCGUGCUGCCAGACUCUGCCUCUCCAUUUGCUCUGUCAAGGGCAGGAAGGGAGCCAAGGAGGAGCACUGUCCAUUAGCUUGGGGUAAUAUCAACUUGUUUGACUACACUCACACGCUAGUGGCCAACAAGAUGGCUCUGAACCUCUGGCCUGUCCCUCAUGGCCUUGAAGACCUCCUCAACCCCAUAGGAGUCACUGGAUCCAACCCCAAUAAGGAAACGCCAUGUUUGGAGCUGGAGUUUGACCACUUUAGUAGUCCAGUCAAAUACCCAGAUAUGAAUGCAGUAGAGGAUCAUGCAAACUGGACCAUCUCGAGGGAGCUGGGAUUCAACUACAAUCUCUCUGGACAGAGCAAUCGUGUGGCCAGAGAUCACGCCCUGACAGAGACCGACACUGAGCAGCUGAGGCAGCUGAGUAACAGAGACCCUCUGUCAGAAAUCACUGAGCAGGAGAAAGACUUCCUCUGGAGACACAGGCACUACUGCAUGAACAUCCCUGAGAUCCUCCCCAAGAUCCUUCUCGCUGUCAAAUGGAACUCCAGAGAUGAAGUAGCACAGAUGUAUUGUCUGUUAAAAGAGUGGCCAUCUAUCCGUCCUGAGCAGGCCAUGGAGCUGUUGGACUGUAAUUAUCCAGACCCCAUGGUCAGACACUUUGCUGUACGCUGCCUUGACAAAUACCUGACUGAUGACAAACUGUCCCAGUACCUGAUUCAGCUUGUACAGGUAUUAAAAUAUGAGCAGUAUCUCGACAAUCCCCUGGCACGCUUCCUCCUCAAAAAGGCCCUGACCAAUCAAAGGAUAGGACAUUUCUUCUUCUGGCAUCUCAAGUCAGAAAUGCACAAUAAGACAGUGAGCCAGAGGUUUGGGCUGCUGUUAGAAGCUUACUGCAGGGCUUGUGGUAUGUACCUCAAACACCUGAGCAGGCAGGUAGAGGCGAUGGAGAAGCUCAUAAACCUCACUGACAUCCUUAAACAGGAGAAGAAGGAUGAGACGCAGAAGGUCCAGAUGCGGUUUCUUGUGGACCAGAUGAAGAGACCUGACUACAUGGAUGCCCUUCAGAACUUCACAUCUCCUCUCAACCCCGCACACCAACUGGGAAACCUGAGGUUGGAUGAAUGCAGGAUCAUGUCAUCAGCAAAGAGGCCGCUGUGGCUGAACUGGGAGAAUCCUGACAUCAUGUCCGAACUCCUCUUUCAGAACAAUGAGAUAAUCUUCAAAAAUGGAGAUGACUUGCGCCAGGAUAUGCUGACGUUGCAGAUUAUUAAAAUCAUGGAGAAUAUUUGGCAGAAUCAGGGACUGGAUUUACGGAUGCUUCCCUAUGGCUGUCUGUCAUUAGGAGACUGUGUGGGUCUCAUUGAGGUGGUUCGCAGCUCCCACACCAUCAUGCAGAUUCAGUGUAAAGGUGGCUUGAAGGGAGCCCUGCAGUUCAACUCAAACACUCUGCAUCAGUGGCUCAAGGACAAGAACAAGGGCGAGAUGUAUGACUUGGCUGUGGAUCUGUUUACGAGGUCCUGUGCUGGCUACUGUGUAGCUACAUUUAUCCUUGGGAUAGGAGACAGGCACAACAGCAACAUCAUGGUCAAAGAUGAUGGACAGUUGUUUCAUAUAGAUUUUGGCCAUUUCCUGGAUCAUAAGAAGAAGAAAUUUGGCUACAAAAGAGAGCGAGUGCCCUUCGUACUGACGCAAGACUUCCUCAUUGUCAUCAGUAAGGGAUCCCAGGAGUGCACAAAGACCAAAGAGUUUGAGAGGUUCCAGGAGAUGUGUUAUAAAGCCUAUCUGGCCAUCCGGCAGCAUGCAAACCUCUUCAUCAACCUGUUCUCCAUGAUGCUGGGCUCUGGCAUGCCUGAGCUGCAGUCAUUUGAUGACAUUGCCUACAUCAGGAAGACUCUGGCUCUGGAGAAAAGUGAACAGGAGGCGUUGGACUACUUUAUGAAACAGAUGAACGAUGCUCACCAUGGAGGAUGGACCACUAAGAUGGACUGGAUAUUCCACACAAUUAGACAGCAUGCACUAAACUGAUCCCCUGCACAGAAACAAAAAA